AUGUGUGCCCUAUUCAAACGGAUUUGGCAAGUAGUAGUGCCAGAGCGAGUUAGAACCUUCUUCUGGCUUGGAGUUCACCAAGUGCUUAUGACAAACUCGGAAAGGCAGCGUCGGCAUUUGUCAAUGUCAGGUGUGUGUCAGGUUUGCAAAGGAGGAGAAGAGACAAUUCUACAUGUUCUCAGAGAUUGCCCAGCGAUACAUGAAAUCUGGAGCCGCAUUGUACCGAUACGAAGAAGACAAGAGUUUUUCACUCAGACCUUACUUGAAUGGGUAUAUUCGAACCUUGGUGAACAUGGAAAGGUUUGGGAUACUCCAUGGGCCACUCUGUUUGCUAUGACGGCAUGGUGGGGAUGGAAAUGGCGAUGCAUAAAUGUGUUUAAUGGGUCUGGAAAAUGCAGAGACAGAGUCCAGUUUGUGAAGGAUCAAGCAAGAGAGGUGACAGCGGCUCAUGCUAAGGCUAAUGUAGCUACCAGAGGCAGUAUACCACGGAUUGAGAGAUUGGUCCAUUGGGUACGACCGAGUCCAGGGUGGGUCAAAGUAAACACAAAUGGAGCGUCUCGAGGUAACCCGGGACUUGCUACUGCAGGAGGAGUGCUACGUGAUGAAUCUGGUAGUUGGCUCCGAGGUUUUGCUCUUAACAUUGGUAUCUGUAUGGCACCUUUAGCUGAGUUAUGGGGAGUGUAUUAUGGAUUGUGCAUGGUUUGGGAGAGUAAGGCAGAGAGAGUAGAGUUGGAGGUUGAUUCGGAGAUUGUUGCUGGUUUUCUAAAGACAAGGAUUGAGGAGGUACAUCCGCUGUCAUUCCUGGUACGCUUGUGCCAUGGCUUCCUAUCAAUGCACUGGAUAGUCCGUAUUUUCCAUGUGUAUAGGGAAGCUAACCGUCUUGCUGACGGGUUAGCCAACUAUGCAUUCUCGUUGUUGUCGGGUGUUAGAGGAGAAAUUAGCACAUUUCCCUGA